AGUAGCUACUGUCCACGACUGGCAAAACAAGCUACUCGUCAGCAAUGGAGAACCUCCUGUCCUCGGCCUCGUCCCACCGCACGCUCCCCGACGGCCGCUUCGUCGUCCCGCCCGAGCACCGCCCGCCGGCCUCCCCCGCCGGGGCCGCCUCCAUGCCCGUCAUCGACCUCUCCCUCCCCCGCGACGUCGUCCGCGCGGCCGUCCUCGACGCCGGCAAGGACCUCGGCUUCUUCCAGGUGGUCAACCACGGCGUGCCGGAGCGGGCGAUGAGGGACAUGGAGGCGGCCUGCGCCGACUUCUUCCGGCUCCGCGCGGAGGACAAGGCGGCAUACUACUCGGAGGACACGGACAGGACCAACCGCCUUUUCUCCAGCACCAUGUACGAGGUCGCCGGCGAGCGGUACUGGCGGUACUGCCUCCGCCUCGCUGUCUUCCCCGUCGACCGGACCGAGGACGGCUGGCCCGAGAAGCCGCCCCAGUUCAGGGAGGUCCUGGAGCGGUUCAUCGUGCCGACGCGGAGCGUGGGGAUGGAGCUUUUGAAGCUGCUCUGCGAGGGCAUCGGCCUCCGCCCGGACUACUUCGACGGCGACCUCAGCGGCGGCGAGGUGAUCAUGAACGUCAACCACUACCCGCCGUGCCCGGACCCGAGCAGGACGCUGGGCCUGCCGCCGCACUGCGACCGGAACCUCAUAACGCUGCUGCUGCAAGGGUCGGUUUGCGGCCUCCAGGUCGCCUACAGGGGCCGAUGGAUCGACGUCGACCCCGUCCCAGGCGCCUUCGUCGUCAACUUUGGACACCAGCUCGAGAUAACCACCAACGGGCUGUUCAAGAGCGUGGAGCACCGCGCGGUGACCAACGCAGCGGCGGCAAGGACGUCGGUGGCAACGUUCAUCAUGCCGACCAUGGACAGCGUGAUCGGGCCGGCGGAGGAGCUCGUGGGCACCGGCGAGGGGAGUGAUCCGCCGAGGUACCGCAGCUUCACGUUCCGCGAGUUCAUGAGCAUCUACAAGACCGUCGGCGCGCGCAGGGAGAGCGUCGAGAAGGCCUUCAAGAUCUGACGACUCUGAUCCAUCACUGCAUUACACACAGCUACCUCCAGGCAGCAGUACAAGGAAGACUGUUGUGUUCAUUUAUCUAUGUAGCUACCAACUACCAAGAAAUUCUGCUCUAAAAGAAAACUACAAAGAAAUUCUUGGCUAGA